GGAACACGGCAGAAACUAUGUCUUCGCCUCAAGACAAAGGCGGUAUCGCGCCUGUGGGCAUGGUCAUUGAAGAGCCGUCUUUCCCGAAUAUCCCUGGCCAUGAACCCAAGACGACAUCCCAUGCGACAUCGCCCGUUGAAGAUACCCCGGCUGCAGAAAUGGUACAACAGGAGAGCGUCUCGCGAAAAGACUACGGAAACGGGACGCGCGCACCCUUGGAAACCACACCGAGCAACCAAGACUACUUUACCCAAAAGUCGCGUCCAGCACAACAGCAAAGAUGGGCGACCGAGCGACCCAAGCCCUCUGUAAAGCACUCGCUGUUCGCAAAGGAACAACAGCCACAACAGAAGAGGCCAAUGCAACCAGAACGGCACGCGACCAUAACCUUUGACGCUGACACUGAUUCUUCAGACUCCUCCUCUGAUGAGGAUGUCUACUCACACAAUAAAAGUCUUGGCCAUGCCGACGAGCUUACUACUCAGACAACUCGUAAAUCACGUCCCUUCUCUCGACUCCGAAUCGCCAACGAACACUUCAAUACAAAGGCCAGGGUUUCACGAGCAGACGGACGGCUGAAACUGAGCAUUCUCGAAAAGAACUUGAGUAGCGGAUACAUUGCAAAGGCUCUGGGGACCAUCGUAAAGAAACACGGCAACGAUGAGGACCGCGGGCCGGAAUUCUACAACGACAUAGACGCCACCAAGGUUGCUCCGGAAGAUGACGAGAUGGAGCACGAUCCUGCAAGGCGAGUGAAGCUUAACAUAGUUAUCAUCAUUAUCGGGUCACGCGGAGACAUUCAGCCUUUCAUUCGGAUAGGCAAGAUUCUCAAAGAGGACUAUGGGCAUCGGGUGCGUCUGGCCACACAUCCAGCAUUCAGGGACUUUGUUGAAAAAGACUCGGGCUUGGAGUUCUUCUCGGUUGGUGGCAACCCAGCAGAGUUGAUGGCUUUCAUGGUCAAGAAUCCAGGUCUUAUACCCAAUAUCGAAACGAUAAAGGAGGGAGAGAUUGGCCGCAGGAGAGCGCAGAUGUACGAAAUGUUCCAGGGCAUGUGGCGUGCAUGUAUCAAUGCGACAGAUGAUGAGACUGACACGACCAAUGUAAAGAUGAUGGGUGAUAGAGCUCCUUUUGUUGCCGAUGCCAUUAUCGCCAACCCUCCUAGCAUUGCACCACAGCACAUUGCUGAGAAGCUGGGUAUUCCACUCCACAUGAUGUUCACCUUUCCAUACACACCCACGAGCCAAUUCCCUCAUCCGCUCGCAAACAUCAAAUCCAGUAAUGUCGAAGCGACGUAUAGCAACUUCAUUUCUUACCCGCUAGUCGAGAUGAUGAUGUGGCAGGGUCUAGGCGACCUUAUCAAUCGUUUCCGUACUCAAAUCCUGCAUCUCGAGGAAGUCAGUAAAAUAUGGGCGCCCGGCCAACUGUAUCGACUCAAGGUCCCAUACACGUACAUGUGGUCUCCAAGCCUUAUACCGAAGCCGAAGGAUUGGGGUCCAGAAAUUGACAUUUCUGGGUUUGUUUUCCUUGACCUUGCGUCUUCAUUCAAGCCGCCAGCCGAGCUGCAAAAGUUUCUAGACGAUGGACCUCCCCCUGUAUACAUUGGUUUCGGCUCGAUUGUCGUUGACGAUCCAGAUGCAUUCACUGAGCUGAUUUUCGAGGCCGUCAAGCAAGUCGGCUGUCGUGCUCUGGUGUCCAAGGGCUGGGGUGGCUUCGGUUCGAACGCUGACUGCCCAGACAACGUCUUUAUGCUUGAAAAUACUCCUCACGAUUGGCUCUUCCCUCGCUGUAGUGCUGUCGUACAUCACGGUGGAGCGGGAACUACAGCCAUUGGCCUCAAGUGCGGGAUACCGACGAUGAUUGUUCCAUUCUUUGGUGACCAGCCUUUUUGGGGUGCAAUGGUCAGCAAAGCAAAGGCAGGGGCGCACGAAUGCAUACCCUACAAGAAACUCACACCCGAGCGUUUGGCCGAGGGUAUCAAGCAGUGUCUCACAGAAGAAGCCAAGGAAAAUGUCAAGAAGAUCGCUGACAGCAUUGCCAAAGAGGGUGACGGUGCGCUCAACGCUGUGCGCUCAUUCCAUCGGUCAUUGCCACUUUCAGGGGAGGGAAGUAUGCGAUGCGACUUCCUCGAUAACCGUGCUGCUGUCUGGAAGAUCAAAAACACGCACGUCAAGCUGUCUGCAUUGGCCGCUGAAAUACUGGUUGAGAAGAAGAAGCUCAAAUGGAGCGAGUUACGCCUUGUCCGUCAUUACGAAUGGAACGACUUUGGUGGACCUGGCGAGCCCAUCACUGGAGUCUGGGGUAGUCUCAUGAGUUCUUUCUCGGAUGCUGCUGCCGGUGUCGGCGGUAUGCCUGUUGAAAUUGGCAAGAGCAUUAGAAAGAGAGAGAAGAUCAAGGAAAAGAAGCGUAGGCUACAAAAAGGCAACAACCACAAGAAGGCUGCACGAUCGGAGAUAGAUGCUGGAUCCUCUGAGGAAGUCGAGCAUGAUGUGAAAAAUCAACAAAACGGUAGCAGACCGCAGCCUACCCGCAAUGAGACAACCCUUUCGAAGAUUUCCGAGCCUAGCGAGGACUUGGCUGAUGAACUUGGACGCGAGGCUGCUUUUGGCUUCCGAAAGACUGGACAUGCCAUUGCUCGCUUCCCUAUGGAAGUGACACUUGCCAUCACUCAAGGUUUCCACAAUGCACCGCGCUUAUACGGUGAUGAGACGGUCCGCCGUCCGCCUCGGGUCACUGGGUUUCAUUCUGGAACACGCGCUGGUCGUGAUGAAUUUCUAUACGGUGUAAGGGAUGGCGUCUCGGGUCUUGUCAUGCAGCCAUACCAUGGGGCGAAAAAGAAUGGAGUGAUGGGUGCCUUACGAGGUGUGGGCUUUGGAGUUGGCGGCUUUGUUCUCAAAGAUAUUGCAGCCUUACUCGGACCGAUGGCAUACAUGAUGAAGGGAGUAGACGCCGAAUACAUGAAACGCUAUCAGCCGACCAGCUACCUCCGUCGCGCACGCAUUGCCGAAGGACAGCAGGAAAAGUUGAUGCUGACUUCAACAUCACGCAAUGUAGCUCAACAAGCAAGCACGGGAAGCGCUGAGAAGAAGGAAAGCAUUGAAGAAAAGGUCAGUGUCCGUUGGAACGCACUGCAAAAGAUCAUCGCGGAAGACAAGAAGCGGCACAAGAACGGCCUUGUCGGUUCACUUACAGGGCGGGGCGACGAAAAAGAUGGGCAGCGGGUCGGUCGCAAGAGCACCGAAGUAUCGAGAAGGGAUACACGUCGAUCGAUGUCCAAGGGACGAGCUAAUACGCGCGCGCCCAACGAUAAGCCGGGACGAGUGCAUCCUAAUGAGCUGGACACGACAGAGGGCCACCAAAGUGCAGCAAAGAAGAGCAUGGAGGACAAGGCGCGAGUCAGCAUGAAUAGAAUGAAUACUGCACCCACGACGACGGUGGAACGGAAUCAGCAUGGGGACAGAGAGAUGUUGGAUGUUCCUCUUGUGCAGCGUGGUGGUGAAGGUCGUCAAGGGAGGAAUAGUUACGGUCUACCUGACGAUGAUGGGAAAUCGGAGAGUACAAAAGUGGGAAGCGAGAUGAAUGAGGGGAUGAGUGCGAGACAGAAGGUAGAUGGUGUGGCAGUGGAGGAUGGGGCAAGGACGGUGCAUGUUGUCUAAGGGG